AUGCCAGGAGGGAUGAAGACAACAAUCAAGGUAGGACAUACUGUUCAUACAUACUCCAGUCUUGUCACAACACUGCAGUUUAAAUGGGUGAUUCAUUUGUGAACAUUUUAAUUUGAUAUCAACAUGGGAUUAUUUAUUAUUGAAUUAGGAAAAUGACAUUUUUUCAUUUUUGUUUGUUCCCCCUCUUCUCAUAUCCAUCGGUUGUAUUUCUUUCUCUACCCUCCUUCCACCUCUAUCCCUCCUUCCACCUCUAUCCCUCCUUCUACCUCUAACCCUCCUUCCACCUCUAUCCCUCCUUCCACUUCUCUAUCCCUCCUUCCACCUCUAUCCAUCCUUCCACCUCUCUAUCCCUCCUUCCACCUCUCUAUCCAUCCUUCCACCUCUCUAUCCAUCCUUCCACCUCUCUAUCCAUCCUUCGACCUCUAUCACUCCUUCCACCUCUCUAUCCCUCCUUCCACCUCUCUAUCCAUCCUUCCACCUCUCUAUCCAUCCUUCGACCUCUAUCACUCCUUCCACCUCUCUAUCCCUCCUUCCACCUCUCUAUCCAUCCUUCCACCUCUCUAUCCAUCCUUCGACCUCUAUCACUCCUUCCACCUCUCUAUCCCUCCUUCCACCUCUCUAUCCAUCCUUCCACCUCUCUAUCCAUCCUUCGACCUCUAUCACUCCUUCCACCUCUCUAUCCCUCCUUCCACCUCUCUAUCCAUCCUUCCACCUCUCUAUCCUUCCUUCCACCUCUCUAUCCCUCAGUCUCUUCUCUGCAGUUCUUUCCUUGUCCACACUGCACCAUCUCCUUCACUGACUGUUACUUCCUGGAGAACUACAUCAAGACCAAACACCAGAAACAGUACCUUGCCAUGUUGAAAAGCCACGUCUCAAAGAGUCAAACAGUGCACGCCCUCACAAACAGCUGUUCCCACUGCACCCUGCUGAAGUACUGGAAGAAUUUGCACAAAAUUGCAGUUUUUCGCAUCGAUGGACAUAUCAGUUGCGCCGACUGUGGGAAGAGCUUUGAGAAUUGCUGGGGACUGGGGCUUCACCGGUGUUACGAACCAGAGGGCUCUAAACCUAAGGACACUAAGCCUGUGGUCUGUCUGGAAGUCUGCUUCCAUUGCUCAGAGUGUGGGAAAAUCCUCAGUACUCCUAUGAGCCAUUCACAGACGCAUCCACACCAGAGAGAAGCCUUACGAAUGCAAGGAGUGCGGCAAGUGCUUCUCAGAGAACAGCAGUUACCGUUAUCACUUGUCAAUACACUCAGGGCUCAAGUUGUUCAAAUGCCAGGACUGCGGGAAGGCUUUCAAACAGAAGUCACUCCUCUGGACUCACCUGUCUGUUCACACUGGUGAGAGGAAGUUCUCCUGCUCCCAAUGCGACAAGCGGUAUGCAAGCAGGGCAUAUCUGACGUUUCACCUGCAAAUACACUCAGGGGAGAGACCUUUCUGUGUGUGGUAAAGACUUUGCUGACAAGGUUUAUCUGAAAACACAACUGAAGAUCCACAGCAAUGUGAAAAACUACCACUGUGGGAUUUGUGGGCGGGAGUUCUUGAGGCUUGGGUUGUUGAAGUUAUGCAUGCACUCACAUACCGGGGAGAGGCUCUACCACUGCACAGUGUGCGACAAGCAGUUUUUUAGACUCUCACACUUGAAAAAACCAUUAUCUGACUUACACAGGUGAGAAACCAUACACCUGUAAUGAGUGUGGUAAAAGCUUCACUCAGUCUGGGGAUCUGUCUAAACACAAGCUCCUGCGCACUGGGGAGAAGCCAUUUUAAUUCCUUGAAUGCCCCAGCCGGUUUAACCGCUAUGAUUCUCUGACCAGUCACAUGAGGACCCACACUCACCUUGAUAUGAAGCAAUACUCCUGCCAAGAAUGUGGGAAGAGCUUUUAUGAACAGAGUCACAUCAAAUUCCACAUGAAGACCCACACAGGGGAGAGACCGUAUCCCUGCCCCCACUGCCUUUUCAGCUUCACUCGGAAAGCACACCUCUCCAAACACCUGCCUAGAUGUCUUAAAUGA